AUGGCCGUCUCUGCAAGCACCAAGGCUCGCGUCCUAUGCACUGGUGGCAUGGGUUACAUUGGCUCGCAUACCAUCGUCCAACUCCUCAAGGCUGGAUAUGAUUGCGCUAUCCUUGAUAACCUGUCCAAUUCCAACCCGAUCGUCCUCGAGCGUCUGAAGACCGUCACCGGUGUUGACGUGCCUUUCUUCAAGGCUGAUUGCUGCGAUGCUGAGGCCAUGGAGAAGCUCUUCUCUACUGAGCAUUUCGACUGCGUCAUCCACUUUGCUGGUUUCAAGGCCGUCGGUGAGAGUGUUGAGAAGCCUCUGAUGUAUUACUAUGAUAACAUCACUGGUACCAUCAACCUCAUGCAGGCCAUGGUCAACAACAAUUGCAAGAGAGUCGUUUUCUCUAGCAGUGCUACUGUGUACCAGCCCCAGGAGAGGCCCCUUGUCGAGACUGAUGCCCUUGGGCCUAUUAACCCCUAUGGACAGACAAAGCUUAUGACGGAGCAAAUCAUGGAGGAUGUCUGCGUUGCUGAUAAGGAGAUGAAGGUUGAGCUUCUCCGUUACUUUAACCCUGUUGGUGCUCAUCCGUCCGGCCUCAUCGGCGAAUCACCCAAUGGUCGCCCUAACAAUCUGAUGCCCUAUGUACAGCAGGUUGCUGUCGGUCGUCGCCCUUGUGUCAACGUCUUCGGUAACGACUAUGACACUCCUGAUGGAACUGGUGUCCGUGAUUAUAUUCAUGUUAUGGAUUUGGCUGAUGCUCAUGUCAAGGCCGUCACCUACCUACUACGUGAUGAUAUCCACGGCACCCACAUUCACAAUCUCGGCACUGGACGUGGUGCUAGCGUGCUUGAGAUGAUUCACGGUCUCGAGGAAGCUUCAGGGAAGAAGAUUCCUUAUAAAGUCGUUGCUCGUCGGGCCGGUGAUCUCGGCAGUGUUAUCUGCAACCCUGCUCUGGCCGAAAAGGAGUUGGGAUGGGUAGCCACUCGUGAUAUGAAGACUGUUAUGGAGGACUCCUGGAGGUGGCAGAGCGAGAAUCCCUAUGGUUACGAUAAGGAGGCUCCUAAGGAGGAGGCUGAGUAG